AUGGCGCAUGUGAAAAUGUUGGAGAAGACCCCUGCCGUGUAUCCCUACUUGUUUUCUAAUUUAAAAAUUGCUUACAUCGCUAAAGGAGAAUUCAGUUUGACCAUAGACGACGUAUUUCAAGGAGAAGUUCCGUCUACGCUCAUUCUGGGAAUGGUGUCCAGUAGCGCCUUUAACGGAGAUUAUAAGAAAUCUCCUUAUAACUUUCAACAUUUCAAUUGUAACUUUGUAGCUUUCUACGUUGACGGACAAUCACUUCCCUCUAAACCUAUACAACCGAAUUACGACUCAGGUGCAUACUUGGAAGCUUACCAAACCCUUCUUCAAGGUAGAGAGCACGUUAGUGUAGAGCGAGGGGAAUAUCCCAUUGGAAAUGCUUUAUAUGUCUUAAACAUUAAUCCCUACAUCGACUUUAAUACGAAGCGGAAAGGUCAUUGUCGCUUAGAACUAAAAUUCGCUUUACCCCUUCCCGAGAGUGUGACUUUUAUAUUAUACGGAAAAUUCCAACAGGUUCUCCACAUUGAUCAGUCUAGGAGCAUUAUAUUCAAAUGA